GGAAAGGCAGGGAGGUUAGCUAGACUUUAUCCAGUCUGCCAGCCUUUUGAGUAGCUCCGCGCUAUAUAGUGGGGUGGAUGCCAGCUAUAUCGCUCGCACGAAUUUUCGUCUACCUUCUAGGGUGUGGCGUCCGUGGUCCGAGCGCUCCGGCGGGGUCGGAGUGGGACGACGCGGCGAGCAGGGGAGGCCGCAGUCGCUCCUCUCAGCACCAGCAGAGGAUUGUGGGUGGCGAGAACGCAGGGCCGCUCGAGUUUCCCUGGCAGAUAUCGCUACGCCGCAUGAUACCCGUGAUCAACCUGGAUAGGGGCCACACCUGCGGAGGCUCCAUCAUCAACAGCCGCUACGUGCUAACCGCCGCGCACUGCGUCACAGGGUUGCUCACGUUCCCGUCAGACUUCGCCGUUACGGUGGGGGAGCAAGACAUCACCAGGAAAGACGACACCGAUGACGUCAUCUUCGUGAGGAAGAUCACCAAGCACCCGCAGUGGGACAGGAACAGCCUGGACAAUGACUACGCUCUUCUGGAGCUGAGGACGCCACUGGACUUCGAAGGGAAGCACAGCCACCUGAUGCCCGUCUGCCUGCCCGAGCAGGGCCAGAGCUUCGAGGGACAGAACUGCACCAUCAGCGGAUGGGGGCUCACCAAGGACAGGUCCGAAGGAGGCAGGAUCCCGGCCAAGCUGCAGAAAGCCGACGUGCCCGUGUUGAAGCAUUCUACGUGUCGUGAGUUUUACGAGCGCUUCAACGAAGUCAACGAGGAGACAAUGAUCUGCGCUGGACCUGAGGAGGGUGGCCGCUCCGUGUGCCAGGGUGACUCCGGGGGACCGCUGCAGUGUCCUCGCGCGGACGGCCGCUACGUGCUUGCCGGCGUCACGUCCUGGGGAGUCAGGUGUGCCGCCCCCAAGCAGCCCGGCGUCUUCGCCAGGGUGUCGACGCGCACUGACUGGAUACGAAGCGUGGUCGGAGAGACGCCCUGAACGCCGCCAUUUCCCCGCCUCUUCACCUGAAUAAAGCUGCAGAGUUAUGCACCG